UCAGUAUGGCGGGCCUGCCUGUGCGGCGGAUUUCUUGGAAUAUCUCGCCUAUAAGAGGAAAGACAAUUAUUUCAUCUCUUUUGGCUCCACUGAUGAGGUUCAGGCAGGCUUGUUCAAUACAUACCCACAGUUCCAUACUUUCCAGCAGUGAACUGUCUUCUGCCGUAGAAACGAAUGUGAUUCGACCAGAUGAUGGUGAAAUUGUUAAAAAUAAUGAAGAAAAAAGCAUGCUCGAACAUCCAGACUACUUUGAGGUGCAUAAACUUUUUACACUGAAAGAUCUUUUCAAUGCCAACGUCCAUCUUGGGCAUCAUGAAGGCUGUUGGGACCCUUUGAUGAAACCUUACCUCUAUGGAGUCAGAGAGAAGCAUCAUAUCAUUGAUCUCAACCAAACUGUUGUACAUUUGAGGCUUGCCUUGAAUGUUCUUUCGCACAUUACUUAUAAAAGAGGGAAAAUUCUUUUUGUUUCUACUCACCCUCAGUAUGAAGAAUUGACACAGCGCACUGCAAGGGAAUGUGAUGAGUACUUUGUAACUCGAAGAUGGCGCGGAGGAACUCUGACAAAUUCUUACAUGUUAUUAGGAACGAUUGAACUUGUUGAUCUGAUUGUAUUUUUGCAUUUGCCAUCAUUGGGAAGAAACACUCGGGCAGUGAUAGAAGCUGCUCAGUUAAAUAUUCCAACUAUUGGUAUAGUUGACAGUGACUGCAAUCCUAAUCUGAUUAUGUAUCCCAUACCUGGAAAUGAUGACACGCCAUCUGCUGUUCAACUGUAUUGUGAUCUGUUUAAGAAAGUGAUAUUGAAGGCAAAAGAGGAGAGAAGAAAACUAGCAUCUGAUACAGAAGAUGAAGAUGUGGACAGUGAUGGAAAUGCAUAAAACUCCUGUUGGACUUUCAGCUUUCAAGAAAAAAAAAUCAAAAAGAAAAAUAAAAGCACUUCAAAGUA